AUGACUAUGACAAAUUCAGACCCUAUCAAAAUUACCAACACAGAGAUUGCCCAAGAGUUUUUGGACAAGUACGACACAUUUUUGUUCGACUGUGAUGGUGUAUUAUGGUUAGGCAAUCAUUUAUUGCCAAACACAAAGGAAAUUUUAGCAAAGUUGAACUCUUUAGGCAAACAACUGGUAUUUGUUACUAAUAACUCUACUAAAUCGCGUCUCUCUUACACUAAAAAGUUCGCCUCCUUUGGUAUUGAAGUCACUCAAGAUCAAAUUUUUAAUUCAGGUUAUGCUUCUGCAGUCUAUGUUCGUGAUUUUUUGAAGUUGGUUCCUGGAAAGGAUAAGAUCUGGACCUUUGGUGAAUCAGGUGUUGCCGAAGAGUUGGAACUAAUGGGUUAUGAAACAUUAGGUGGCAGCGAUGCAAGACUGGAUGAGCCAUUUGAUGUUGCAACUUCUCCAUUCCUAGCAAAUGGUCUCGAUGAGGACGUUACCUGUGUCGUUGCAGGUCUAGAUACUAAGGUAAACUACCAUAGACUCGCAAUUACUUUACAAUAUUUGAGAAAGGAAAAUGUUCAUUUUGUUGGUACUAACGUUGAUUCCACUUUCCCACAAAAGGGUUACAUUCUGCCAGGUGCUGGUUCUAUGGUUGAGUCACUUGCUUUCUCUUCGGGGAGAAGACCAGCUUAUUGCGGUAAGCCAAACAUGAACAUGCUAAAUACGAUUGUUUCAGCCAAGAAGUUAGAAAAAAGUAAAUGUUGUAUGGUGGGCGAUAGAUUAAACACAGAUAUGAGGUUUGGUGUUGAAGGUAAAUUAGGAGGUACUCUAUUAGUCUUAAGUGGUAUUGAACUGAAGAAAGGGCUCUGGAAAUUACCGAAGAACAUCCCAGACCAAAAUAUUACGUUGAAAAGCUAG